AUGGAACAGAGCCCGAAUUUCAAAAGCAAUUUGAACAGUGAAAUGAGCGAUUUGAUACAUCAAGGUAACUCAAAAUGGACCGAACUACUUGAAGAGACUUUAGCUUCUUUCUCUCCAAUCAACUGUCGUCGUCGCACAUCUCUGUUCUCUGAUCUUCAAAUUUUAUCUCCAAUCGUUUCGGAAACAAGUCAAUCUCCAGAGAAAACCAAAAAACAGCAGAUGUCCACACCACAUAUUACACCUUUUCGGAGACCAUUGUUCAGCUCAAUGUCAACCCCAAAAACUCAAUGGAGAAGAGGAAAUUCGAUGUACGUGGAGGAUGUGGCAAAUACUACGAUUACACCACAAAAAGCGCUGAGCACUUCGAGAUUGUCUAUCCAAUCACCAGUUCCUUUGGCUGGUGAAACACCAUUAGAGAAUCGAGCGAGUAGAUUGAGAAGGAUGAAAAUAGAAGAGAAGAUGCGUGAAAUUCAGAUGGGGUGGAACUGA